GAGUACUACGAAAACAAAGACAAAAAGCCCUAUUGCCCUAUUUUUCUUUCUUUCCCUUUUCUUCUCUCUGUCUUCUCUUCUCUCUCAUUUUUAUUUUAUUUUUUUGUUGAAGAUAUUCUGAUAGUCAUAAUCCUUUUCUUUUUUUUUUAUUUCUCUUCUUUUUCCUUCGAUUUCGUUUUCGCGUCUUCAAAAACCAGCCUCGCGCCACUGUUGCUAGAUUCACACCAACGCUGUUAUUUUCUUUUGUUUUGUUUCUCCGCUGCCCCGGAUUGUAAAUUCCGGGUCGGGUCGUGACCGUUUUUGACGACAGCGAUGGGCGAUCUUCAUGUGAACGGCGUCGUUUUCGGGGAGGAUCGCCCCUGCGCGUCCUCGCCGCCGUCGCCGCCGCUUCCGCCUUGGAAUCCCGAUCCAUCCUCCGUCGCGGCCGACGCCUGGGCGGCGGCCGAGAGAAACACCGCUGAGAUUCUCCGCCGCAUACGGCCCACGCUCGCCGCCGACCGCAGGCGCAGGGAGGUCGUCGAUUACGUACAGAGACUCAUCCGGUACGGCGCGCGCUGCGAGGUUUUUCCAUAUGGGUCAGUUCCGUUAAAAACAUAUCUUCCAGACGGAGAUAUUGAUUUGACUGCACUCAGCUGUCAAAACAUUGAGGAUGGCCUGGUAUCUGAUGUUCGUGCUGUUCUUCAUGGAGAGGAAAUCAAUGAAGCUGCUGAAUAUGAAGUAAAGGAUGUUCGUUUCAUUGAUGCAGAGGUUAAGCUUGUUAAAUGCAUUGUACAGGAUAUUGUUGUAGACAUCUCUUUCAAUCAGUUAGGAGGACUCAGUACAUUAUGUUUUCUUGAGAAGGUUGAUCGACUUGUUGCCAAGGAUCAUCUCUUCAAACGUAGUAUUAUCCUUAUUAAAGCUUGGUGCUACUACGAGAGCCGUGUACUGGGUGCCCAUCAUGGUCUGAUUUCAACAUAUGCUUUGGAAACACUGGUUCUGUAUAUUUUCCAUCAGUUUCAUGUAUCCUUAGAUGGUCCUCUAGCAGUUCUCUACAGAUUUUUGGACUACUUCAGCAAAUUUGAUUGGGACAAUUAUUGUGUUAGUUUGAAGGGACCAGUCAGUAAAACUUCUCUGCCUAAUAUAGUAGCUGAGGUGCCUGAAAAUGGAGGGAAUACAUUACUGACUGAAGAAUUCAUUAGAAGCUGUGUGGAGUCAUUCUCAGUACCAUCAAGGGGGGCUGAUUUAAAUUUGCGUGCAUUUCCCCAGAAACAUCUUAACAUCAUUGAUCCUUUGAAAGAAAACAACAAUCUUGGCCGCAGUGUCAAUAAAGGUAAUUUCUAUCGAAUACGCAGUGCUUUUAAGUAUGGUGCCCGUAAACUUGGCUGGAUUCUUAGGUUACCAGAAGACAGAAUAGCUGAGGAGCUUAUUAGGUUCUUUGCAAACACUCUGGAAAGGCAUGGAAGCACUCAGGGGAAUGUAGACAAGUCAUUUUUGAGCUUAUCUACAGCAUCCGGAAAGGAUAGGAAACCUGGAAAUCAACAUAAUUUUGAAAGCAGAGAUGAAAGAGAAAGAUAUGUAGUACAAGAUGCAGGGGAGUUCUUUGACUCCUCUAGGGAUGGAAAUGCAGUUACAAGUUUUAAACUUGGUGAAGAUUCUAAGGAUAUUGCAACAUCUGGGGUCUUGGAUCGCACAAGCACUAAUGGUUGGUCUUAUUGUUCAAAUGAGCAAUUUGAAAAUAAUAUUUCUGAUAGUGAACCUGCCCUAAAUUCUGUUAUCAAUGAUGAGAAAGAGAAGCAAGUUAUGGCAGGCAAUUCACCCAGAUCACAUACCGAUGAAAAGCAUAUGGCAGUCUCCGAAGCUUCAAAGUCAUUGUUGGACCUUACUGGGGAUUAUGACAGUCACAUUGGGAACUUACAAUAUGGUCAUAUGUGUAAUGGUUAUCCUGUCUCUCUCGUUGUGCCUAGUCCUCCUAGGUCUCCGAAGUUUCCAAAUAGGAAUCCAUGGGAAACUGUUCAUCAAUGUGUACCGAUUAAUCACAGUAUUCGUUCUCAGGCAAACUCAAAUUGUGUAAUGGGACAACAAGUUUACGUCAUAAAUCAUCCUACUCUGCCAAUGACUUCUUUUGGUUCAGAAGAGAAGAGAAAAGUACGAGGAACAGGCGCAUACUUCCCGAAUAUGACUUCCCGUCCUUACAGGGACAAUAGGCCAAUACCAGGAAGGGGAAGGGGUCAAGCACCAGGUACUCAUGGACAUCUGCAGAGACACAGCCGUAACAAUGGCUUUGCCCUAGCUCCACAAGAGACAAAUUUGUCUGUGGAUGGAACUUUUGAACAUGCUCUAGAAGGAUAUUCUGGUUUUGGUAGUACCAAAACCAGAUCAUCUGAAACCUAUUUCCCUCAACCUUCUACAUGGGGAUCACAUUAUGCUAAUGGUUUCCUUCAUUCAUCUGAGAAACCUGAAUCUGGACCUGCAAGCCCUCAGCUUCGAGUAGUGCCAAGAAAUGAAAUGAGCAAUUACCCAGAGUCAGGCAUUUCUACUCCUAGGGACACUGUGCCUAACACUGAGGAGGUGACAGAGGAGAAGUCUGAUUCAUUGUCAGCAGUUGAUUCCAAAAGGAUUGAAGAGCAAGCUUAUCGUUUGAAGAAUGAUGAUGACUUUCCUCCACUUUCCCAUUGAAUGCCAGUGAAGGAUGGUGAAUAUGUAAUAGCAUUAACAGUAAUGGUCAUACAUGGAAACUAUUAUGACUUUGCCUGCUUUUCAUCAGGUGCUACCAAAGGAUGGCGAUUUUGUAAGAAGUAAGAAGUAAGAACAGUGUGCAUUCGUCUCAAAAAUGAAGAUAGCUUCCCUUAACUCUGGGUCUCUUCUAGAGAUUGUUGAACACAUAAAAAAUGAGAGUACCAACUAAGUAGAAAAGUGCUGGGAGUAGUCUUAGAAACUAACGAACUAGACUAAACUAGAUUGAGUGUUAUGUUAUCUUUAUUCUCUCUUUUCUUACUUAAGUUGGUCCUUUGUACAAAAGUGCAUGUAUAUUCUGGUUACUUUUUUUUUGGCUCUUACAUCCAUGUUUAAUUUUCAUUAUUUAGGGAUGUAUAUAUCAGGUGAUUUCCUGAGGUUGAGUUAUAGUUCUGUUCUGUUGUUCGUAGCUUUGAUGUGUGAAACCAAAAGUUUAGAUAUCUUACUGGAAUGGAUACCCAAAAUUUUCUAUCAGUUGCAGGAAGUAUAUUUUAGU